AUGCAGAUAACACCCACUACCAUUAUCAGAACAGCUUCCAUCUACCAAGGGCUUACAGCGAGAGCAGUCAACCAUGAGGCCUAUCGCUAUCAGCGGACAUUUCGAGGAUGCUUUGGUGUCUGUCCUGAGCUGGCGGCCGAACUGUGGAACAUGCUGGAUGAUGCUGAUCCAAUGAGCGACAUCAGAUGGGUGACCUACUUCCUGGCUACACUCAUGUUCCUACGUACAUACACUGUGACAGCUGUACUCGCCAUGAUCUUCAUGAAGGAUGAAAAAACAAUUCGGCAUUGGGUGUGGGUGUUCAUUGAGAAGAUUGCUACUCUUGACUUGGUAUGUGACGACCAAGCUAGCGCUUUUUCUUUUCUUCAUUGCCGACUCCACAAAUACAAAGACCUCACCAUGUACAUGCUACAAUCCACCAUCACUGCUGCUCCAGAUCAGAUGGGAGAACAGACUGAUGAAUGA